AUGACCACCUCCUCCUCACUUACGGUGAAUGUGCCUGAUCAUUGGGUGGCAACACUGCGUCCGUACUUGCAGCGGGCGGAUGAGUUUGACAAGGUACAACCCGCCAUCUCGUACUUUUUGAGGACACAUGUCGCCCACCUUGCCAUGAAGCAGCGAAAGAAGGACGAUCCUGUUGGGACGCAGUACCUACGACAACUUCUCCAGGUUUUAGAAGCGGAAAAACAACGUCUUGGGCAGGAGGUUACGGAAGUGGAUGGCCGUACGGUAUUGACGAAAACAGCUCUCACGUUAUUUUCGAAGGCAGAUGACGCGGAACGCAGUGGGGCUCCGGCAGAGAUGGGCCUUGUGCGGCUCUUCUUCACCGCCUCCAUUCUACUGGACGCAACGGCGCAGUUUUCAGAGAACGGCGAACUUGACCCCAUCGCAGCGAAGCGACGUGACUACGCGCGUUACAUCGCAGUGCGCAUGAAGAAGGCGAUUGAAAGCGGCACACCGUACGAGAGCCCCAAUGCUCCAGAGACGUCAGGGGGACUCGAUGAAAUGUUCUCAGAGGAUGCGAGCGAUGAUAAAAGGACGCAGGAGCAACAGCCGGGAUUUCCGGCAUCAAUGUAUCAUCCCAUGAUGACGCCCGAGCAACCGCCACCACCACCACCACCACCGCCGUACCAGCCGCCCAACCCUUCACCACCGCCACAACCGCCGGCGCCGGCAGUGCCCAUGAUGGUACCCAACGCCAGUAGUGUAGCAGAUGGUCCUUCAAUGGACGCUAUGAUUAGUGCACAGAAGUGUGCCAAGCAGGCGGUCAGUGCACUGCAAUUUUAUGAUCAUGCCACUGCGCGAAAACAGCUUCUGACCGCAUUGAAAUUUCUUGAUGGGAAGUGA